AUGGAUGAAUUUAUACCACCAGAAAAUCCAUAUGGACCACCAGUUCCACCAUGUUCUGAAAUGUCUUCACAACAACAACGAUAUCGAAGUGGAAGUAUUAGUAGUGGUAGCAAUCACAGCGUAAGUAGUGGCGGUAGUGGUGGUGGAUACAGUAAUUUAAAUGGUGGUGGUGGUAAUAAUAGUAACAAUAGUGGAAGAGAAAGAAGAAAUAGUUUUAUUGAUAGGAGAGGAAUAGAUAAGAAUAGAGAUAGACCAUAUCGUGAAGAUUCGUAUAGAGACCGAGGCAGAGAUAGUUGGAAUUCAAGACAGUACAAUAAUGAAAGAUCACGACCAACUCAUCGUGAUACAUAUCAUCUACCGCCAAUAUCGUCAUCGUCGUCUCACCCACCACCUCCGGGUUUGUCAAAUCAAUUAGGACCGCCAGGAGUAGCAACAACUGGACAGAAUGGAUUAUCAAGUUCACAUUUAGCACAAGGACAGUCGAGUCAUAUAGGUGGAAGCGCAGGUGCAAUUACAGCUGCACAAUUAACACAGUCUGGAGCACAUACAAUGUAUUCUAAUUAUGGAGAAAUGCCAUCAUAUCAAGAAUCUAUCUCAUAUCAAGGGCAAUCAAAUCCACAGAUGACUUCCUCGUGGGAUCAAAAUCAAAUUUCCUAUCAUCAACAUCAGCAGCAUUCACAACACCAAAAUUUGCAUCCACAGCAUCAAAAUUUACAAAACCCACAACAUCAUCAACCAACACAUCAUCAAUAUCAACAACAGCCAUCACAUCAGCAACAUCAUCAUCCACAACACUAUCCCGAGCAACAAAACUAUUAUAUCCCAUUUGUAAUUGAGUCACCAUUACCAGCUAAACCGACGGAAUUAUAUGAAAAAUUAGGACAAGUCGUGUAUAAGGCAAAGAAUCGUGAAACUGGUGAAAUAGUAGCACUUAAACGUAUACGGAUGAAAUCAGAAAAAGAAGGAGUUAAACUACUACAAUCGUUAAACCAUGGUCAAAUUGUGAAAUUAAAUGAGAUAAUGGUUUUCAAAGGAGUUGUUUAUAUGGUGUUUGAAUACAUGGAUCAUGAUCUUACAGGAAUACUUGGAAAUGUACAAGUAAAUUUUGAACAUCAACAUAUAAAAUGUUUGAUGAAACAACUACUUGAAGGACUGGCAUACCUUCAUGAGAAUGGAGUUUUGCAUCGAGAUAUAAAAGGAUCAAAUAUUUUAUUGAAUAAUCGAGGUGAAUUGAAAUUGGCAGAUUUUGGACUUGCCAGACAAUUUCAUCCGAAACGAAUGCAUGAUUACACAAAUCGCGUGAUUACAUUAUGGUAUCGACCGCCCGAGUUGUGUCUUGGAGCAACACAAUAUGGACCUGAAGUAGAUUUAUGGAGUGCAGGGUAUGAAAAUUUGGAAUUGUCAAUAUUUCCAGGAAAUGAUGAGAUAUCACAAUUGGAAUAUAUUUACAAAUUGAUGGGCACACCAACGGUUGAUGAUUGGCCAUCACUGAUUGAUUUGCCGUGGCAUGGUAUUUUACAAUUUUCAGAUUAUAAACCAAUGUUCCGAGAAACAUAUGGAAAUUAUUUAACAUCAGCAGCAUUAGAACUUGUAGAAGUAUUAUUAUCAUUAAAUCCAAGUAAAAGACCAACAGCAAGAAAAGCAUUAGAAUUUUCAUAUUUUACGGAGGAAGAACCAUUUGCGUGUUCGCCUUCCGAAUUACCGGAAAUACAUGGAGAUUGGCAUGAAUAUGAAUCUAAAAAUCGAAGGAAAAAAAAUGUAGUUAAUUCUUGUGUUGUGAAUGGUGAUAUAUAG